UGUCCUGAUCGUCCUGUGAGGUAGCAAUAAAGUACCAAAAGUAAAAGUAUUUGACCCUUAGCAAAAACAUAAGUGAAGAAAUAAGUUAGAACUAGUGUCAGUUUCCCAUAAUUAGAUUUACUUAAAAGAAGCAGCUCAAAAGGCACAGAACCUGAAUGGUUGUACUAAGUUACUUACUUUGACCGACUUAAUAAAUCAGACUAAUACGACAUGUAAUUCACAAUAAAUGACUAAUUAAUUAACACUAAUUAAUAAUAAACCACAUCUAGCUACUUAAAGCAUCUGUCACACAAUAACCUAUAAUGGCAGCAUUGUUUCUGACUGUAAAGUAUAAGGGAACCUGAAUCUGAAACACUGGCAACGCACAAAUAUUCCAGCUUUGUUAGAGCGAAGCACUUGGUUGGAUUCCUGCGCUGCUGCCUGGUCACACAUUCAUCUCGGAGAUGAAAAGGCAUCUUUGUGUGGCUGAAAUGUUCCCAGUGCGCAGCGCCACAAUGUGUUGGCAACAUGUUUUCAUCAGCGGCGGCUGCAGCUCGUGAAUAUUCAUCCACGCUCCUCGGGCCAGCGCGACAAUGAACAAGGGCCGGCAGGCUGCAUCUGAAUGUCCUGCCGGGGGUGGGGAGGGGGCAAACCUCGAGAAGAGCGGGGGGCAAACAACUCGUCUCCAUGGCAACAAGUCCUGCCUUCCUCCUGCAGGCUGUGCAGACGGGAGGCAGGAGUCUUUUCCCCCUUCUGUUUUUUGGGUCGGAAAGACCUGAGUCGGAGUUUAUUGAAAGGCGCAGGUAUCCGGCCAAAGCCGCCAAAGUUCUUCAAUGGCGCAGAUGAGCGGGAUUGACGCAGAGGGAUUAUAAUCUCAGAAUGUCAGCAGCAGCCGCCGCAGCCAUGGAUGAGAGCAGAAAGUCCGAGGUGCGCAGGCGGUUCGCAGACAGACAUGACUGCCAACAAGAGUUCGAAGGCUGCCUCUCAUGCAGGAGGGGGUAAAGUUCCCCGGGACGUCCCUGACAGGUGCCAGUCCACAUCAGCGUGUCCUGUUUUCUCUGCCAGCAAGAGGCAGAGCCAGCAGCCUCUCCUCGGCGACGGUGAGAAUUCUGGGAAGCAGAGUCGCUACGUCCGGACCGACGGCAGGUUCCUGGCACGUACUGGCUGGAACAGGAACGCGGCUAGCCUGAGCGCCGGCGCAGCGCUAACGGGUGACACCGACCCCCGAGGUCGCCUCACCAAGUCAAAGAGCAUCAGCUGCCUGGACAACAGGCUCUCCAUAUAUAAGCCACCAGCUCAGAUCAGCUCCUGCCAGGAAAGUCAGGCCGUCCAGGACGAGAAGGAGAAACACGGAGAUCUUUCUGCGCAAGAUGGACUUAAUAGUAGACCCUUAAGUUGGAGCACGCUCUCACUGGGGCCUUCGUCCAACCAAAGCCACAAACGCACCCUCUCUCUCAAUCGCUCAGUGCCAGGAGUUCCCCCCGCCACGAUCCGGAAGAAGAUCUCAGAAUGGGAGUGCAGGAGGGUGUCUCUGCCUAGGAUGAGCCUGUGUCUGGAUAAAAGGGCAGGGGAGCGCGUGGGGGGCAGCGAGGGCUGCCCCAGCCUGCUCUCCUCUCCCUGCAGCGAGAAGACCUUCGACUUCAAGGGCGUGCGCAGGAUGAGCACAGCGUUCUCGGAGUGCUCCUACACGGAGACGGAGGAGGAGGAGGGCGUUUCGGACAAGGACGGCCCCGGCCGCUUCCAGAAGAGGACGCCCAAGACGGAGUCCUCGGCGGCGUUCUUGCGCUCCCUGUCUGCGCGGAAGGAGACGUCAGCGGUCCUCAACCGGAUACAGAAGAUAGAGCAAGCGCUGAAGGACAACCCCAGCCCGCCCCCCCCGCGUUACCUCAGCAACUGCUACGCUCCGGACUCGACCAGGCAGAAGGCCUUCGUGAUAGGCGACGACUUCGACAGCACGUGCGCCAGCAAGCGCAGCAGCAUCUGCUCCGUGGCCACCGAGCCGGACGCGGCCGCGGCCGCCGAUAGACUCUCGAAGCUCCGGCAAAGGUUCAGCGUGAGCUCAGCCAGGUCCGAGAGCCCAGAAGCGCCGGGCCGGCACGCCGCCGCCGGCGUCCCGGUCAACCCCCUGCCCAAACCCAAGCGCACGUUCGAGUACGAGGCCAAGCGGGACCAGAAGGGUGCGUUGCCGGCCAAUGGACUGGCUCCAACGCGGGGGUCGGAGUCUCCGCCGCCGCUGCCCUCCACCCCUGCGCCCGGCGUCCCGCGAGCCGCCAAGGCAGAAGGCAUCAGCAGGGAGUCGUGUGCGUCUGAGGAUGCUGCGAGUCCGCCGUCGUCGUAUCCGUCCUCGCCGGCACAGAACGGCACCCUGAGCACAGACGCGCGGGGUCGUCCCACGUCUAAGAGCACUUUAGAGGAGAACGCCUAUGAGGACAUAGUAGAGAAGGAGAACCCCUACGAGGAUGUCGACCUGAAGAGGAAGAGUCUGGGACGGAAAACCUGCCUCCUGGACACCAGCAGAUCCUGGGCCACGAUGGACAAGAAGCUGAACUCUCCACCUCAACUGCCCUCCAAACCCAGCAGCCAGUCACUUCGCCUCCCGGGUCCUUGUGACCGGAAGAGCCACCGCAUGUCGCAGUUGUCCAAGCGAUACAGCCACGACGAGAUGCUGCUGCUGCCUCAGGCUUCACCGUGCGGCCUGCUGGAUGACGGCCUGUGUAGCACCAGUGACACGCUGUCCUCUCACAAGCACUGGAAGGUCCCCAAGCUGGUCCAGAGGAUCAACUCUAUUUACUGCACUAAACGUGGGAAGAAGAGGCUGAAGAAACUGACCAUGUCCAGUGUUGAGACGGCCUCUCUGAGAGAUGACAACAGCGAGAGCGAGAGCGACUCUGACGACAGGUUCAAAGCUCACACGCAGAGGCUGCUGAAGCUGCAGUCCAUCCUCAGGAGAGCCCCCAGCUACCGCACGCUGGAGCUGCAGCUCAUCGAGUGGCAGGAGAGGGAGCUCUUUGAGUACUUUGUGGUGGUUUCUCUGAAAAAGAAACCCAGCAAAAGCUCCUACUCCCCAGAGGUCACCUACCAGUUCCCCAAGCUAGAGAGACUCACCAAGCAGAUGAGGGAGGCAGAGCAGAGGCUCAAAGCCAUUCCUCAGUUCUGUUUUCCGGACGCGAAAGACUGGAGCCCCGUCUCCGAGUACACCAGCGAGACCUUCUCCUUCAUGCUGACGGGCGAGGACGGCAGCAGGAGGUUCGGGUACUGCAGACGCCUGCUGCCCACGGGGAAAGGCCCUCGACUUCCAGAGGUGUACUGUGUCAUCAGCAGACUGGGAUGUUUUGACUUGUUCUCCACUAUCCUGGACGAGGUGGAGCGGCGCAGGGGGAUCUCAGCAGCUCUGGUCUAUCCCUUCAUGAGAAGCCUGAUGGAGUCGCCCUUCCCUGCGCCAGGGAAGAUUAUCAAGGUCAGGACCUUCCUGCCUGGCGCAGGAAACGAGGUGAUCGAGCUGAGGCGGCCCACCGACUCCCGGCUGGAGCACGUGGACUUCGACAGCCUGUUCGGGUGCCUCCGCGUGCGGCAGGUGGUGCGCGUCUUCGCCUCGCUGCUGCUGGAGCGACGGGUCAUCUUUGUGGCGGAUAAACUCAGCACCCUGUCCAGCUGCAUGCACGCGGUGGUGGCCCUGCUCUACCCCUUCUCCUGGCAGCACACCUUCAUUCCCGUGCUGCCGGGCUCCAUGUUGGACAUCGUGUGCUGCCCCACCCCCUUCCUGGUGGGGCUGCUCUCCAGCUCUCUGCCCAAGCUCAAAGAGCUGCCUGUUGAAGAGGCGUUGAUGGUGGACCUUGGAACUGACCGGUUCAUCCGACAGAUGGACGAUGAGGCUUCGCUGUUGCCACGGAAACUUCAAGCCGCUCUAGAACAGGCUCUGGAGCAGAGGAACGAAAUCAUCAGUCAGGACUCCGACAGCGAGUCGGACGAAGAGUAUAACUCUCUGAACAGCCUGGUGUCGGAGGCCUUCAUCCGCUUCUUUCUGGAAACCAUCGGACAUUACUCCCUGUUCAUCACUCAGAACGAACGCGGAGAGCGCGUCUUCCAAAGGGAGGCGUUCCGCAAGUCGGUGGCGUCUAAGAGCAUCCGCCGUUUCCUGGGCGUCUUCAUGGAGUCGCAGAUGUUCGCAGGGUUCAUUCAGGACCGGGAGCUGAGGAAGACGAGGGCUAAAGGUUUGUUUGAGCAGAGGGUGGAUCAGUAUCUGGAGGAGCUUCCAGACACAGAGCAGAGUGGAGUCAACAAGUUCCUUAAAGGCCUCGGAAGUAAAAUGAAGUUUCUUCACAAAAAGAACUGAGGGAAAGUGAAGAGCUGACGAUUUUCACCGUCCUGCCGACAUUUUACAUGUAAACAUGUACAUAUUUUUCCACUGUAAGCUGGCCAAUUCUUCAGUGUCUGUUUAUAGUCCCUUAUGAGUGAGUCGGUAGCAGGACGGUGCACUACAAGUGAGCCGUAGAGUAACCACUGAUGUCCUGGUGUGUUUGUGAGGAGCGUUAUCCGGCUGCGUGAGUGGAUGUGGCGCCGCAUGGGCAUAGAUGUACAGUUCAUAUUCAUUCUGCAUUAUGUCACAAUAGUGUUGUCCUCUGUUUUAAGGAGUGUAAACCUAUUCCAAAACUGUACAUGCAUCAAGACAAUGAAGAAAACGAUUGUAACUCUUCACGGAGUCUUUUGCAAUCUUUUAUUAAAAAAAUGAGAAUAAAACACUUGAAAUUCC